AGAAGCUAGGAGAGGAAGAGUAUAAUGUAGGCGCGAAGUUUAUGUUGCUAGUUAAUUCGCUAUUUUGGGAGAUUAAAGGAUGUCAGUAAAGCUUAUUGAAGUGAUUUUGAUUAGAUUUGGUCUUAUGUCAGGUCUUCUAGUCCAUUGUGAGAUGUGUUUGUGAUAUUUUCAGGUAUUUUACUAAGCUCUUUAGCUUCUGUGCUAGCGUGUUUACAUGCACUCUGAUUGAGUACAGCGCAUGCGCAGUGCUCAUGUGCGUGGCUUCUAUACCAAACUACCGAUAACAGAGUAAUACAUACUGUAGCUGAAGCGUGAUGGAGGUGGGAAAGGACAGAGUGGUGGCCCUGGUGGAUAUGGACUGUUUUUACGUGCAGGUGGAGCAGAGGUUGAACCCUCAGCUGAGGAACAAACCCUGCGUCGUGGCUCAGUACAAAACCUGGAAAGGAGGAGGUAUCAUAGCAGUCAGUUAUGAGGCCCGAGCCCAUGGUGUGACCAGGAACAUGUGGGCAGAUGACGCCAAGAAACUGUGUCCAGAUCUUCAGGUGGCGAGAGUCCGAGAGUCACAUGGGAAAGCCGAUCUAACGUGUUACAGAGAGGCCAGUGUGGAAGUGAUCGAGAUCAUGUCCCGAUUCGCAGUCAUCGAGAGAGCCAGCAUCGACGAAGCGUACAUGGACCUCACCAGCAGCGUCCAGAAAAGAUUGAAGGACCUAGAAAAAUCAUGCAUCGGUCCACAGUUUCUGAAGAAAACUUAUGUGCAAGGCUUUCCUGUUCCCGACUCAGUGGAAGAUGCGACAUUGGAUAAAGAGGAGCAGCGGUUAAAGGGACUGCAGGAGUGGCUCAACACACUGCCUGACUGCUUUCAACCAGGCUGUUUAGGCUACUCAGAGGUGUGUUUGGCUGUCGGAGCGAUGAUCGUGGAGGAAAUGAGGGCGGCAGUGGAGCAGCACACUGGAUUCCAAUGCUCUGCAGGAAUUUCUCAUAACAAGGUAUUAGCCAAGCUAGCGUGCGGUCUUAACAAACCAAAUCGGCAGACUGUGCUUCCUCUUGGAUCGGUGCCUGAACUCUUUAUAACAUUACCCAUCAGUAAAAUUCGCAAUUUAGGAGGGAAACUGGGUGCUUCCAUUACAGAGACUCUGGGGGUAGAGAAUAUGGGAGAACUCACUCAGUUCACACGGGCGCAGCUGGAGGAACACUUCGGAGAAAAGACUGGGCGAUGGUUGUAUGACUUGUGCAGAGGCGUUGAGUUCGAGCCAGUGAAACCCAGGCAGCUCCCCAAAUCCAUCGGCUGUAGCAAGAACUUUCAGGGAAAGUCAGCUCUGGCUACAAAAACACAGGUUGAACACUGGCUGCACCAGCUGGCCCUUGAGCUGGAGGAUAGACUGAAUAAAGAUAAAGAGAUGAACGGCCGAGUUGCUAAGCUGCUGACCGUGGGGGUCCACCAGGCUGGAGAUAAAAAGCCCAACAGUUUCUCUCGCUGCUUUGCUCUAUCACGCUAUGAAGCCUCAAAGAUUUCUUCCGACAGCUUUGCCAUCAUUAAGAGCCUUAAUGCUGCCGGCAGCCAUCAGGAAGCCUGGUCUCCUCCGCUCACCUGUCUCCAUUUAUCUGCCAGUAAGUUCAUUGAGAACUCAUCAGGAGAAAUCACUAGUUUCCUCAGCAGCGACGUAGCACCAACCCAGUCGCGUCGAAAAGCAAACGGACCAGCUUCGAAAACAGAAACCGCACCGAAGAAACCUGGAGCUAUCCAGGCCCUUUUCCAAAAAGCUGCCGAAAAGAAAAAGAAGGAAGCCGACGAAAGCUUUAUAGAAAAGGAACCCGUUGCCUUCCCGUCUUCUUCAGAGAACCUUCCACACAGCACAGAAAGUCCUCAGAAAGUGCCAGUGGUUUCAAAUAUGUCACUUUCCUCUUUUUUUCAAAGAAAGACAAUGGAGAAAACGUCUGACAGGUUCCCUAUAGAGAAAGACAUGAAAGAAAGCACAGAGGACAAAUCUCAGACUGCAUGCACUUCGUCUGGUGUCGAUGAGCCAAAUCGUACUGAGAUCUUCACUCAAAAUGUCAACUUUAAAGAUAGCAAAGAGGACUUUCACACGUGCGAACGCUGUGGACAGGAAGUACUAAUGUGGGAGAUGCCAGAACACACCGACUACCACUACGCCCUCGAUCUGCAGAACUCCCUCUCUUCUUCUUCCGCCUCCACGUCAUUAUCAUCUUCAUCAUUUUCUUCACCAGUCAUGGCUCAAACGCCGUCGUCAUCACGUGGAAAGAGCAGACCCAAAACUCAGGCUGGACCUCAGGCAAAGCGUGCAAGGCCCAUGGACAAACCGACCACCUUGGAUUCUUUCUUCAAGAAAGCCUAAUUUUUAUAAAAACCUGAAUCCUCUACAUAAUCAGUCUAUUUUAUAUCAGUGCUUUUGCAGAAAGUUUGUCUGGUUUACAAACAUGAACAUGCUAUAAAUAUAAAUAUACAAUAAGAAUAAUGUCUUAAUAAAAACUUGUCACUUUAGAAUUUAAGUCAGUUU